UCCGGGCAGCACUCAUGUGACCAACCCCCAACGGCUUCUUCGGACUCUAGAACAAGGGUCUCCGGAAGGUCGCUUCCGGUCCCUUAGGCUACCGAGGCGGCUCUGUGCCCCAGAAUCUCGGAUACCCAAAAGCCAAGGCCCGAGUCCGCCCGGCCGUGAAGGGAAAGGGACACGUUAGUCUCCGGGGCGGAGGAUGAGCGAGGCCGGGCCGGGGGCGCGGGGCCUCGUGAGCUUCGCCGAUGUGGCCGUCUACUUCUCCCCGGAGGAGUGGGGACGGCUGCGCCCCGCGCAGAGGGCCCUCUACAGGGACGUGAUGCGGGAGACCUACGGCCACCUGGGCGCGCUGGGUUUCCCAGGCCCUAAACCUGCUCUCAUUUGCUGGAUGGAUGAAGAGACAGAGGUUUGGGGGCCGGAUGCCCGGGAUCCCGAGGAGGAAAGGGAGAGAGGAGCGGAACACUUAGGAGGAACCAGGAACAAGCCUGAAAGGUGGAAGAUAGAAGGGCCUGGAGUCCAGGAACUUGAUGAAGCACAUCUGAAGAACAAUCUUUCAGGUCUGCCAGGCCUUCCCCACGAACAAGGAGAUUCUUCCUGCACUGACUGUGGCAAGUCUUUGCAUAAACACUCUAUCACUGCACUCCACCAAUGUAAUCCCAACCAGAAGAGGUCGUAUAUGUGUCCUGAUUGUGGACGCCACUUUGCUUAUCCCUAUUUACUGGUCAGCCACCAGAGAAUGCAUUCUGGGGAGCGUCCCUAUCCUUGUGAUCAGUGUGAGGCACGAUUCUUCCAAAAGAAGUAUCUUGUCCAACACCAGCUAAUCCACACAGGUGAGAAGCCCUACACAUGCCCUGAAUGUGGACGCUGUUUCAGACAGAGAAGGUCCCUAGUCAUCCAUCAGCGACGUACACACACAGGGGAGAAGCCCUAUUCCUGUCCUGACUGCAAGCGACAAUUUGUCUAUCCUUACCAACUAGCUACUCACCGUCGCACUCACACAGGGGAGAAGCCAUACUCCUGUGCAGAGUGUGGUUGCCGCUUCACAUAUUCCUCCUUACUGAUAAGCCACAGGCGUAUUCACUCUGAUGAAAGACCCUUUCCCUGCCCGGAGUGUGGGAAGCGGUUCAAACGGAAGUAUGCCCUUGAAGCACACCAGUGGAUCCAUCGUUCUGGCACUGAGAUUUGGAGAAGCAUGCCAUCAGCAAGACAGUCAGCAGCAGAAUCCUCUGACCAAGGUGCCCGGGAUCCCCCUGUACAUUGCCGUUAUUAUCCAGAUAUAUUCCAGGAGUGUGGGUGAAGGAAUCUGGGAGAGAUGUGAAGAAGCUCAUACCUGACGGCUGUAUCUUCUAUAUAAAGUAUGAGGUCAGGCCACCAUGUGUUGGGAGGGCAGUGAUAAGAACUGAGGGUCUAAAGAGAUAGGAGGUCUGGUAGAACUUCUCUAGGGAGUGUUAUGGAAACAGAAGGAGACAAAGUAAAGAACUAAUGAUUUCCAUUGGGAGUUUUAAGUGAGACAGCUGAUCAAAACAGAUCUAUUUCUGCUGGAUUUAGGUUGAAACUCCAGCCUUUCUUGGUAACCUGCUCACUUUGCCAGUGUUUUGGGGACCAAGAAGGGAGUUAAGUAUGGGUUCUGCCCCCUAGGGUUCUCAGUGUAAGACCAAAAGAAGAAAGCAACACUUCCUCCCCUACAAUUUCUCCAAAACUGUUCAUAGGUUUGGUUUUCUUUUAUAAGGUUUUGCUUUAUGAAAUACCUUAUAGAUGUUAUCCCACUCAUACAAGGAAUGCUCCAUUGCCAAUUAGUCCAUUAGAUGAUCCGUGCACUCAUUCAACCAAUUAAAUAGAUUGUCUCUAGGCAGCUAGCUAGUCACUUUGAAAUUUUAACUUAAAAUCUCUGGUCCCUACCUUUUCCUUCAGAUGGGAAUGUUUUGCUGGUAUCCUUGUUCUAUUUUAGGAAAGAUACAUUAACUAUGUAUUAAUUACCAGAUAAUUUAUUUAUGAUACUCUAAAAGAAGAAUGUCCACUUUUGUCUUGUAGAAGAAACCUAAGAUAGUCCCUUUUUAUUUUAACUUUUAUUCCUUCAGCUGAAAAACUGAGUAGUAAGGAUGGAGAAUGGGGUAUCCAAUAUGGUUAUAUAGUACUUUCAUCUUUGAUAUUUUGCAUUUUCUUCUAUUAGGAUAAAUAGAAAUUUAAACAAGACCUGCCACAGAAAAAGACUUAUUAAUAGAUCUCUUUUCUUCUUAUCUCUAGUUAGAAACAACUUUCAGAACUGUUCUAAUUUGCAAUAGUUUUAUCAUCAUAUUGACCUUUCUCAGGGCAGGGAUGUAUAAUUGUCCUUUUUCUUUUUUUGCACAUCCUUCUCACUUUUUAUUUAUAUUUCUCUGUUCUUGCUCAAUUUCAUAAAAAUCUUUCUGGAUUGUAUCUUACAAGUGCCUUAUUCAUAGUUGUCUUGAUAAUUAAAUUAUUUUGUCUACAUAAAAUAUCAGACUUUUUUUUUUUUUUGCCCCAAACCACAUUACUUGUUGCUUAAAGAAUGAUUUUGAAUAAAUUAAAACCAUAAGUUAUAUGGCUUUAUUAAUUCAGACCCUUUAAUUUACAGUGAAAGGGUGUCCCGCCACAUAUUGUAAAAACAAACCGGGCUUGCAUAAUUUUCUUUGGCCUUUUCCAUCUUUUGAAAAGAUCUGACCAGCUCAUCCAGAAUAUUUAUAUAUUUAGGUAAAAGCCUAGUUCCCUACAUUAUGGAUUUGUCUGAUCCCAAA